AUGCCCGCCGUGGCCAUGACGAAGAAUAAUACUGUUGAUAGGUUCCUAGGUCCCUAUCCAUCAUCAAGCAGCCCCAGCCAAGAAAGCCCAACCCCACAGAUCUGCUAUACCAUCCUGGUUCCUUGCCGUCUUAACAGCGUUGAACAAGUACCGGCGAGGCUGGAUUUCAACGGUGAAUCGCCUCCAGUACUACACUAA